AUGGCGGAUGAAUUCACCUUGGAUGGGUUUCGAUCGCCUGUCACAGUGAACUUGGCCAGGAAGAUUACGAAAGAGAAACUGUUGCAGUUCCCUGCAUUCCGAACCUGGAAAGAUACACUCCAAAAGAACUUGGACCUUCAAUACACCGACAAGAAUCACGCAUUUUACGAUGACCCAUUCGAUCUCAAAAGCAUUGAGAUACAAUCAGUCGAUUACUUCAGUCCAACGAAGCUCGGAUUUGUGAAACUGAUAGCCGAGAUACGGAACCAAAGCAAUGACAAAAAGCUUCCUGGGAUCGCUUUCCUCCGUGGGGGAAGCGUCGCUGUGUUGAUGGUACUCCGGCCUGUGGAUUCGAGAGACGAACGAUGGGUGGUUAUGACUGAGCAGCCACGAGUCCCGGCAGGUAGUCUCCAGUUCGUCGAGAUUCCGGCCGGUAUGCUCGACGACGCGGGAGAUUUUGGUGGGCAAGCUGCGAAGGAGAUCGAGGAAGAAACUGGUUUUAAGCUUCCAAAAUCCGAACUCAUCGAUCUCACUAAGCUAGCACUGAGCCAGUCGACAUCGGAGGGAGAAUGUCUACAGGAUGCCAUGUAUCCCAGUCCCGGAGGAUCGGAUGAGUUCAUCCCGAUCUUUCUAUGGGAGAAGGAGCUGAAUCGCCAGGAGAUCAUGGACCUCCGAGGAAAGUUAACAGGGAGCAGAAAACAAGGGGAGAUGAUUAGACUGCGAGUUUGUGACUAUGAGGAGUUGUGGAAGCUAUGUCCACGAGAUGCAAAGACCUUGGCGGCCUGGGCGCUAUACGAGGGUCUUAAUAGAGAGGGCAAAAUCGAAGAGGAACUGCGGAAACGCAGAGGAGUACAGAACAAUUAG